AUGGCACCGGCUGCUGGUCUAGACUGGGAACUCGCUAACGUAUAUCUCCGUUUGAAGGACUCCCUUCAAGCUUUCAGUAGCUCGAUCGCCGGUCUUCUCUCUUCAAGAGCUGUAUUGCAAGGUGAACUAUUUGCUCCGAAGUCCAACAUGUUCAAAGAGAAGCUGACUGUCCUGUAA